GUAACUUGCCAGAGAGAACACUGAGUGGGUGAGUGUACCUACUACACCCGGGGAGUAUUUCUGGUGAUUAUUCCCGUGUCGUCAGUCAUGACCACCAUACAGGGGCGGGGCCUGUUGACCUCACCUCUGCUGCUCCUGCUGGUGUUCUGCUACAGCGACGAGGGGGGACCUCCGAGUACCCAGCAGGGCCUCAUAUCAGCCAGUAAGAGUCAGUCACUUCCCCUGAGGGACACAACCAACCAAGACCACGAGGUUAAGUCUGUCACGCCCGACAACACCGCCAUCUUACUGCCUACUUCACGUCACACGCCAGAUAACCUGAACCAAACUUCUGCCACACACCAACACACAGUCAGUGCACAUCUCACAUCCCAGGAUCAAUCCUCGCAACGUGGCGAUGGUGAGAAAGUUGGUGAUGGGUCAGUGACACCUGCUUCAGGAGGCCGGGAUGAGGAAGUACCUGUGGUGAGUGACAUUGAUGUGGAGGCAACAGUAUCUUCAGUGUAUAACGAUGGUAGUCAGUAUUACCUCAGUGGCGGACUAUCAGCACGAGGCAGGAGAUCCUCGCCCACCGCGGCCCACUACCCGCCAAGCUCACCCUUCACCCAUGACAGCUGGCCCUCCACCCACUACCCACCGGACUCGCCCUCUACCCGUGACAGCUGGCCCUCAACGCUCACCGCUGACACAACACUGAGUCUUGAUGACAUCGUCCAGUCUUGGUCCAGCACCGACCACAUGCUACUCUGUGGUCAUCCUCCUCCAACUUACACGCCACAGUUUCUUGGUCACUCACGAGAAGUUUGUACAGAAAACAGAAAUAAGCCAAAAUCUCUCGGUGCCCCAGACACUCUCAUUAUGUGUUAUGAUAUAUAUUCCUCAAUUUAUGGUAAUAUAGAGAUAAAUUAUAUGAAUUACAUUGUUAAAGAUUUCCUAUUGGAAAUAUAUUUUGAGGAUAAUUUUGUGAAAAUUUGCUUGCCUUUGUUCAGACGAUUUGAUGCGUGUGAAGAGAGAGAACUGUACACUCUGUGCUGGGAAGCUGGAGUUGGCUUUAUACACCAUUUAAACUGUCAAAAUCCUGCCGAAGAGAUGGUAUCUCUUCUUGAAAUUGUUACCACACUUCAAGAAUAUGAUGAAACACUGUGCUUCCAGGAAUUUUGUGACGGAACUCUGGGGGUGAUUGACUCAGAAGUAGCUGGAGUCCCUUUCCGCGUUUUCGAUACUCCUAGAGUAGAUCGUGGACCAUCGUGCUCUUACCUGCACACCAGUGUUAUUCAACUUUUUGAUAUAUACAAUGAAACAUUAUAUAUAACAAGCAACACUCAGUGGCCGUGCUGUUACGCCAUGUUCACGGUGAUGUGGGUCGGUGAUCCUGACGCGCAGGGGCUGAACGGUGCCUGGAGUUACCUGCCAGUGUCUUGUCGGGCAGGGGAGGUGGUGCUGAUGGUAAUGGUGGCGGGCGUGGCGGUGAGCGGGGUGGUGGGGAACCUGGUGGUGGUGGUGGUGGUGAUGCUGAGUGGCGGACACAGAGGUCAGGAGUCCAAUAUGCUCCGGACCUCCCUCGCCCUCGCAGACUUACUCACAUCUCUCUUCGUCGUGGUUCCUUCCCUCUGCCACCAUAUUGCUCCUUUUGUCAGUUCAGUAAAUUUCAGAAAAUUGUCACCAUCGUCAACUCACUACUUCAUUGUUGGAAGUGUUUCAAACAUUACGUUACUGUCUAUGGACGCAAUUAUUCAUGUUGAUGCCAAACAUGGUUACCUUCUGUUUCAGUCUGUGUUAUUUAGCACGUGUUCCAUCGUGUCUGUGUUGACACUCUUCAUGUUAAGUUUGGAGAGGUUCAUCCUCACUGGACGACCGCUUCACUACCAGGAAUAUUUCACAGUGGGGAAGGUACAGGUGAUCAUUGUUAUUUCCUGGAUAAUGAGCUUCAUUGAUGCUUUAAUGUUCGCUGCUCGCCGCGACGGUCACCUGGGGGCACGAUGGUCAACCUUCAACAAGCUGCCAACAGGUGACUCGGGUGAGCUGCCAGACGGUAUAAGUUAUGCUUUCGUGCAAAGUUCGCGGAUUGCACUACUGAAUAUAGCAGGAGUUUCUACCGUAAUAUUUUCGUUGUUGUCAAUCAGGAACUUCGUGAAGGAACAGAAGCGGGUGGCAGCAGAGUGGAAGAGUUUGAGUCUGAAGGUGGGGGGGCGGUAUGAAGAGGAGACCCGCUACAUAAUGGUGACUAUGUUGCUCAUGUUGAUGUUGUUUCUUGUGUCCAGCGUCCCCUUAAUGGUCGAAGUAUAUUUUAGAACUUUCUCUCAUUUCUUUCACUAUGAUGCUGUGUACUCUUAUCUGGCCUGGUGGAUGUUUGUGGCGGGGUCAGCGUGGAACCCUUGGCUCUAUAACCUACGCAGUCAUCAGUUUAGGAGCGACUUUAGUGAGACGCUGAGGAAACUUGUGCCAGAGAGACUCAACAAAAGGUUACGGAAGUACGUCACUCACUCACAGCUGUGGAACAAUUCUAGUGACCUUGAUAACCAGGAUAGACUGAUGAAACUCUUGGACAAGUUGGGACCAAAAAUGGAGUGAAAGAUGGCGGUGAUCAGAGACUAAGACUUGAGAACAGAGAGUGUUAAUUAUAGUACUGUGUUACACCUUAAUAUGUUCUUGUGUUCAUACUUCAGAGGUUACUAAAUGUAUGUUUAGAUAUUUAUGAACAUCUUCAGUAAUGGGUGUACAAAUUAUUUCGUUAAAAGGUCACAUUGGUCUGCACGAUUCUGAAUUGUAAACUGUGUUGCAAAUAUUAUGCCAAACUUACAUACAAAAAAAUAUUGACAAAUUCACAAUAAAACUAACUUUUGAAAAAGCUUUUGUUUGAAGAACUUUGUUGGCAUGAGACAGAGUGAGACUUAUGACCUGUGUCCUUGUACACUUAUUCAUGUUUAAUUCAUGUAUUACAGUAUCAUUAUCAUUAUUAUUAUUAUUG